AUGGUAAAUGCUGAACAUGAUCCACAAUUAUCUUGUUUAACACCAAUUACAAGUAUUGAAAAUUUAUCAACACAAACAAAAACUUCAACUAUUCAACCAGCAUCGUUUUUGUCAGAACCAACUUUAGAAAAUACUCCAGAAAAUAUUCAACAAACACAGUGGACUGAUUCAACAACAAUAAGUCAUUUGAAUUCAUCAACACAAUUUAAAAAUUUAAACUUUGGGUCAAAGAAAUUUCUAUCAAAACCAACAUCAAAUGUUACUAUGGUAAAUGCUGAACAUCCACAAUCAUCUUGUUCAACACCAAUUACAAAUAUUGAGAAUUUAUCAACACAAACAACAACUUUAACUAUUCAACCAGCAUCAAUUUUGUCAGAACCAACUUUAGAAAAUACUCCAGCAAAUAUUCAACAAACACAGUGGACUGAUUCAACAACAAUAAGUCAUUUGAAUUCAUCAACACAAUUUAAAAAUUUAAACUUUGGGUCAAAGAAAUUUCUAUCAAAACCAACAUCAAAUGUUACUAUGGUAAAUGCUGAACAUCCACAAUCAUCUUGUUCAACACCAAUUACAAAUAUUGAGAAUUUAUCAACACAAACAACAACUUUAACUAUUCAACCAGCAUCAAUUUUGUCAGAACCAACUUUAGAAAAUACUCCAGCAAAUAUUCAACAAACACAGUGGACUGAUUCAACAACAAUAAGUCAUUUGAAUUCAUCAACACAAUUUAAAAAUUUAAACUUUGGGUCAAAGAAAUUUCUAUCAAAACCAACUUCAAAUGUUACUAUGGUAAAUGCUGAACAUCCACAAUCAUCUUGUUCAACACCAAUUACAAGUAUUGAAAAUUUAUCAACACAAACAAAAAAUUCAAGUAUUCAACCAGCUUUGUUUUUACCAAAACCAAUUGAUAUUCGUCAGUCAAAAAAUUUUGAUUCGGGUUCUCUACUCUUGAUUGGUGAGCCUACACCUCUAUCAUCUUCUUUAUCUCUUCGUGCAAAUGCCCUCCAAAACACCGAAAAUAAUCAGAUCGUUCAAAAUGAUUUAGAUCAGGUACAUACUAAUUUACAUGAUGGACGAAAUGAUGCCAAUAGUGUUAUUAAUAAUGAGAUUGUUGAAAACGAUUUACAAAACAGACAAAAUAUCGAUCACGAUAAUGCUAAUAAUGAAAUUGUUGAAAACGAUUUACAAAACAGACAAAAUAUCGAUCAUGAUGAUGCUAAUAAUGAGAUUGUUGAAAACGAUUUACAAAACAGACAAAAUAUCGAUCAUGAUGAUGCUAAUAAUGAGAUUGUUGAAAAUGAUUUACGAAACAGACAAAAUAUCGAUCAUAAUGAUGCUAAUAAUGAGAAUGAACGAGAUGAAAAUAGACCAUUUUCUCAUGAAGUAGAUGGGAUUCAAGUAGGAGAUAACAUCGAUCGUUCAAAUCCUCGGGUUUGGACUCACUUACAUGGAGCAGUAUAUAUCAAACAAGCAAAACUUCGUCGUCUUUGUCUGGAUGGGAAAGCUGAAAAAAGGAACUUAGCCGGAUCAGUCAGUCGACAACUUAUGAACAUGCUGGUACCAAGAGACGUACUAGCUGUCCAUUCGUUGUCUGGCAAAAGUUCCCCAGCUUUUCCAGAUAAACCCCUUUUACCGCGAAUUGAUUCACGGAUUACUGAAGCGAUUUUUCAGUAUAUCAAAAAAGAAAUUAUGCCCAAUGCAGUAAGAGCAGACUGCAAUGCUGGCAUUACUGGCAUCUGUGCUGAUGCAGCUAAAACUUGCAGACGACGUCGUAAUAGAAAUGCCAAUUAA